AUGUCGUUACCCACCGAAAUCCACCAAAUCAUCCUCAAAAACGCUCCCUUGAAGGACGUCAACCUCAAAUUGGGCGAAGCCGACUCCACUUUCGAAAUCGUCACCAAGCCCUUCAACGCUGACGACGUCAAGGAAGGCCAAGUGGUGGUCAAGCUGAAGCUCAUUUCCAACGACCCUACGCAAAGAGGCUGGAUCCAAAAGGGGUUGGACCCUCGCAGAAUGUACGUGGCUCCCGUGCUCGAAGGCGACCGGAUGAUGGCCGUUGGUUUAGCCGAAGUCGUCCUCUCCAAGAACGACACCUAUAAGGAAGGGGACCUUGUGCUCGCCAUGGUGGGCUGGGGCGACUACGCCGUGCUUAACGCGGAACAGGUGAGACUGAAGAUCAAUGCCCAACCGGGUGUUCCCUUGCUGGCCUACUUGUCGGCGUUGGGGAUGACUGGUUUGACUGCCUACUUCGGUACCAUUAAGGUCGGUCAAUUGCAAGCUGGCCAAACCAUCAUUGUCUCCGCUGCUUCCGGUGCUACCGGUCUGAUGGUGGUGCAAGUGGCUAAGCACAUUGUUGGCGCUAAGAGAGUGAUUGGUUUCGCCGGCUCCGACGAAAAGUGUAAGCUCGUCGAACUGCUUGGUGCUGACAAGUGCAUUAACUACAAGCUGGCCAGCGACUUGCGGGCUGAGCUUGACAAGGCGCUUGACGGCGAGUUUGCUGACGUCUACUACGACAACGUCGGCGGUGAGAUCCUUGAUCUCUGUUUGUCUCGUGUUAAGCAGUUCGGGCGUGUUGUCGCCUGUGGUGCUAUUUCCGGUUACAACGACCACCUGAAGAUGGCGGUGACUCGCUGGGGGGAAAUCAUCACCAACAGAUUGACCGUUCAAGGUUUCAUCGUGAUGGACUUUGCUAAGGACUUCCCUGAAGGGUUGGCGGCGUUGGCCAAGGGUUUGAUGGAAGGUAAGAUCAAGGAUGAACUGGAAGUGGUGGACAUCAAGGGCGACUUGACUAAGAUCCCCGAGGUGUGGCACCGUUUGUUCGACGGGAAGGGCCCCGGUAAGUUGAUCACUAAGCCCUAA